AAUGGCCGCCUUGGUGUUUUGACGAAUAAUACUUUUGUGUUUGUUUCAUUCUUUAAAUAAAUCGGAUAUAUAAAUAUAAUCAUAACGAUUUUGGUGAGAGCACAUAGGUAUAUGAUUAAUGUUUUAAUUUAAGAGCGUCAGACGGACAAUCACGGCGUAUUGUUAUUUGUUGUAUUGUUUUAUACUAUGCACUUUUGGGGUUUGUGAGGCAGCUAGCUAGUUAGCUAGCCAAAUUAUUUUAGGUAAAAAUUAAAAGAAAAGCGAUGGAAGAGCUCAGCGCCGACGAGAUUCGGAGAAGGCGAUUGGCCCGGUUAGCUGGAGGACCGACGUCUCAGCCAACCACCCCUCUGAGCACGCCGCUGACUUCACCACAGAGAGAGACCCCUCCAGGUCCACUGCCCGGGCCCUCUGGGGCCUCAUCACAGCCUCUGCCAUCAGCACCAUCUCAUUCUUUAAGCCUCAAUGCCCAAAAUGUUACGCCUGCCACUUCCCCAAUGGGAGCUUCGGGAGUGGCAUAUCGCAGUCAGAGCAGUGAGGGAGUCAGCUCUCUCUCCAGCUCCCCAUCCAACAGUCUUGAGACCCAGUCUCAGUCCCUGUCCCGCUCCCAAAGCAUGGACAUUGACACAGCAUCCUGUGAAAAGAACAUGUCCCAGGUGGAUGUGGACUCAGGAAUUGAGAACAUGGAAGUAGAAGAUAGUGACCGCAGGGAGAAACGCAACCUGGCUGAGAAGGACUCAUCAUCUAACCCAGAUGUGUCUGAGGAGCAGGCUCUGCAGCUCAUCUGCAAAAUCCUCCGAGUCUCCUGGAAGGAGCAAGAUCGUGAUGUCAUCUUUCUACCCUCACUAGCUGCAGAGUUUCAGCAAAAUCCAAAAGAUGUCUAUUCUGACUUCAAAGACCUGAUUGGCCAGAUCUUGAUGGAAGUUCUUAUGAUGUCUACCCAAUCACGUGACUGCAACCCCUUUGCCAGCCUGACAGCCACAUCACAGCCAAUCACUGCUGCCAAAUCUCCAGACCGCCACCUGACACUGGUCCCGCCUUCCAGCCAGGGAAGCAGUCCCAUGAUGCCCUGUGGAGGUUCAUUUGGUGCCAGCUCUCUGUCUAGUCUGUAUGGAUGUAGUCCAUACCUUGGUCAAAAUUCUGCCAGGAUGAGCGCUCCAUCUGUACCGACACCCUUAACUCCGCCAUUACUUUCACCUUCUUCUGCUGUUUCGCCCUCACUCCCAAUCCCAGCCCCAGCCCCACCUCCACCCGUGCCUUCAACUGCUCCUCAACGUUCUCCCAUUCCAUCAGCGCCACGCCUCGGUUCUCCAUAUCCACCCCUAUCUUCUCCCCUGCCCAUCUCUCAGAGAUACAGACCAUACACGCUCAGCUCCUCUCAGGGCUCCUUGCCUAUGAGCGUAAGCCCUAUGUCUGGCUUAUCUACCCCUACCCAUGCUUCAUCCACACCUUUGACCCCCCAGCCUGCUCCUCUGCCAUCUCCUAGACACCAAUCUCGUCAAACACCUGCCCCAUAUUCCUUCGUGCCUGGCUCUCCCACUACUACAGCCAGAAGAGCUGCCCUGGCCUCCUGGAUGCCUGCUAGCCCCUUCCCGCUCCUUUUCUUUGCCCUGCCUGACAUGUCUCAAGACAGCAGUGAUGAAGAGCUGGAGGAAGAUGAGGAGGAGGAUUUUUCUGGGGUUCAAUUUGGGUCAAGCUUGGGCGCAUCUGGUGGUGGAUUGGCUGGUGACUCAGGCAGUGACCGCUUUACCAUUGAGGCGUGCAAGGAGACUGAGAUGCUGAACUACCUCAUUGAGCGCUUUGACAGUGUGGGCAUGGAGGAAAGGAAAGCUCCCAAGAUGUGCAGCCAGCCAGUGGUCAGUCAGCUGCUCAGCAACAUACGAUCCCAGUGUAUUUCCCAUGCUGCUCUUGUGCUGCAGGGGGCCCUUACCCUGCCCAGGGCCCCUCUCCAGCCCUCCCUGCUGGUGCCCUACAUGCUGUGCCGGAACCUUCCAAACGGCUUUAUCCAGGAAUUGGUGCGCAUGACUCACCAGGAGGAGGAAGUGUUUAAACAGAUCUUUGUCCCCAUCCUCCAAGGGCUUGCAUUAGCUGUGAAAGAAUGUUCCUUUGACAGUGACAAUUUUAAAUAUCCUCUGAUGGCUUUAUCUGAGCUUUGUGAAAUUAAAUUUGGAAAGACACACCCUGUGUGCAAUUUGAUCACCUCUCUACCGCUGUGGUGUCCUGAGCCUUUAAGCCCUGGGGCAGGCAGAGAGAUUCAGAGACUCUCAUUCCUUGGCGCCUUCUUUAGUCUUUCCGUCUUCGCAGAGGAUGAUACAAAAGUGGGAGACAAAUACUUCUCAGGCCCCGCUAUUACUAUGGAGAACACGCGUGUGGUCAGUCAGUCCCUACAGCAUUAUCUGGAGUCUGCUAGGGGUGACCUUUUUAAAAUCCUCCACAACGUUUUGCUGAACGGAGAAACGAGGGAGGCUGCUCUCAGCUACAUGGCAGCUCUGGUGAAUCGUAAUGUGAAGAAGGCUCAGAUGCAGACAGACGAUAAACUGGUGUCUACAGAUGGCUUCAUGAUGAACUUCCUGUGGGUGCUACAGCAGCUGAGUAUGAAGAUUAAGCUAGAGACCGUGGAUCCCCUCUACAUCUUUCACCACAAGUGUCGGCUGAACGUGAGCCUCGAGGAGACCCGGCUGAAAUCCAGCCUGGAGGAGCUGAAGAGUUGGCUUGCAGAGCUGCAUGCAGAUCCUUCCAAGUUCUCGGAGCCCAAAUUCCCUACAGAAUGUUUCUUCCUGACACUACAUGCACACCACCUUUCCAUCUUACCCGGAUGCCGCCGUUAUAUUCGCAGACUAAGAGCCAUCAGAGAUCUGAACAGAACUGUAGAGGAGCUGAAAAACAGCGAGAGCCAGUGGAAAGACUCCCCCUUGGCCACUCGUCACAGGGAGAUGUUGAAGAGAUGCAAAACCCAGCUGAAGAAAUUGGUACGUUCCAAGGCUUGUGCUGAUGCCGGCCUGCUGGAUGAAAAUCUACUGCGCAGAUGUCUCCAGUUCUACAGUACUGUCAUCCAGCUCAUCAUGCGCAUCGUGGACCCUUCCUACCCAAAUGUCACCUUGCCCCUGAAUCCUGAGAUCCCUAAAAGCUUCGCUGCACUACCCGAGUUUUACAUUGAGGAUGUUGCCGAGUUUAUGCUUUUUAUCGUGCAGUAUUCUCCUCAGGUUCUGUAUGAGCCAUGCACUCAGGACAUUGUGACCUUUCUGGUGGUGUUCAUCUGCAGUCAGAACUACAUCAGAAACCCCUACCUGAUUGCCAAGCUGGUGGAGGUGUUGUUUGUUACUAACCCAGCAGUCCAGCCUCGUACACAGCGCUUCUUUGAAAUGAUCGAGAACCACCCGCUGUCAGUCAAUCAGCUUGUCCCUGCCCUCAUGAAGUUUUACACGGAUGUUGAACAUACAGGAGCCACUAGCGAGUUCUAUGACAAAUUCACCAUCCGCUACCAUAUCAGUACCAUUUUUAAGAGCCUUUGGCAAAACAUUGGCCAUCAUGGCACCUUCCUUGAGGAGUUCAACUCUGGGAAGCAGUUUGUGCGCUACAUUAACAUGUUAAUCAACGACACAACAUUUCUGCUGGAUGAAAGCUUGGAGUCUCUGAAGCGCAUCCAUGAGAUCCAAGAGGAGAUGAAGAACAAGGAGCAGUGGGAUCUGCUGCCCAGGGAGCAGCAGCAAAGUCGCCAGUCCCAGCUGACUCAGGACGAGAGAGUGUCUCGCUCUUACCUGGCUUUAGCCACAGAGACUGUGGACAUGUUCCACAUUCUGACCAAACAAGUCCAGAAACCUUUCCUCCGCCCAGAACUGGGUCCACGACUGGCUGCCAUGCUGAACUAUAAUCUCCAGCAGCUGUGUGGGCCAAAGUGUCGGGACCUGAAGGUAGAAAACCCCGAGAAAUAUGGUUUUGAGCCCAAAAAGCUAUUGGACCAGCUUACUGAUAUCUAUCUGCAGCUGGACUGUGCUCGCUUUGCUAAAGCCAUUGCAGAUGACCAGAGAUCAUAUAGCAGGGAACUCUUUGAGGAAGUGAUUUCUAAAAUGAGGAAGGCAGGCAUCAAAUCCACCAUCGCCAUUGAGAAGUUUAAGCUGCUGUCAGAGAAGGUGGAGGAGAUCGUGGCACGCAACUCUCAGUCCGAGAUGGACUACAGCGAUGCGCCAGAUGAAUUUAAAGAUCCUCUGAUGGACACUCUUAUGACUGAUCCAGUUCAGCUGCCUUCUGGGAACAUUAUGGACCGAUCCAUCAUCCUGCGACACCUUCUAAACUCCCCAACUGACCCCUUCAACAGGCAGCCUCUUACUGAGAGCAUGCUGGAGUCAGUUCCAGAGCUGAAGGAACGUAUCCAAGCUUGGAUGAGGGAAAAGCAAGGAGGACGCUUUUCUCAGUGAGAUACACUCACCGACCGUUUUUGGUUUUUUGGGUUUUUUGCUGCGCCAGAAAUCACGUUUAAGCCGAUCGAAGAGAAAAAGACAGUAAUGUUUUUUUUUUUUUUUUUUUUGUUAACCCCCCCCCACCCCCUCCUUUUUUUCCAUCUUAAAGGCUCUUGGUUCUAAAUUGAAGCAUAAUAAUAAAGAUUAGACUUUUAAAAGAUUUUGCUUAUGACUUUGUAUAUAUUACAUAUAUACCUAUAUUUAAUUGAGUGGAUGCAUACCAAGACGUUAGAGAAACUAAGUUUCAGAGCCUAACUCCAAGGAAAUUGUUUGUUCUCCGAAAAAGUUGUUGCAAAUUUAAAUCGGUCUACAUUUUUCUUUUCUUUUAAGUGAUUGUAUUUUGGCGUUAAAAAUGAGUUCUUGAUGGUUUCGACUAUUAGUGAGAAGGCGGAAAAUUUUUGUGCUGAGUCACUCCAUUCUGAAUUACAUUUGCUAUUUCUUCUACAACCAUGCAGCCUAAGGGGCAUGGGCUAAAACACAUUGCUAUUAUGUUAUUGGUUGUAAAACUAACAUACUGAGCCCUGGCCGUUAAUGUAUCGUGAACAUACCAGAUUGAUUUUGGAAAAUAAAAAAAGAUAGAUCUGGAUGAUGAUGGAUAGAGGUGAUGGAAGAAUCAUUUGAUAUCAGACGGUGUGUUACAAACAUUUUCUAUUAAUAAUUAUGGAUAAUGCACAAGCAGCCACCCGAACCCUUCAUUUAGCAUUUCCAGAGUGUUAAAGCUAGAACCUCAGAUGAAAACUGAGAAUGUGAAACAGUUUUUAAAGCAUGAUCGUGAUGAAAACAAUGCCAGUACAUGCAAUGUCUUCUUUUUUUUCUUUUCUUUUUAACUUCCACAGUUUUAUACAAUGAUUCAUUUCCUGCUCUUCAUAUUAACCCUGGUUGUUGAGCUUCAUCGUGAAUUAAAAAAGAGUCAUUUUCACGUAAGGUUUAACCUCACAGGAAUCCGCUUCCUUUGCUACAAACAUUUUUUUGACCCAGGACUUCAAACUGUAAUAAAUGGUAAUGCACACAUGCUGUUGUUAUUGCUGUUAUUGCUUUUGUAUACAAAUAAAUUAGGGGGAAAACCAUGAAAA